AGUGCUGGAUCCCGGCCGAGCCCGGCGCGGGGGGGGCACGGCCGGGUGGCUCCGAAGAGGGUCCGGCCCGGGGCGGUCCCGGGGUGGGGAAUGCGCCGGCCCUGACUCAGAGGCAGCUGAAUGGGGCAGGGGAAGGGGGGGUUUCGAAAGUACUUUGCCAGCCGGGUGCCGGCCACAGCCGCGUGUGCCUGAGCGGGCCGGCUUCCCACGGUCGCAGCCCGGUUCCGUCUCCGCAGCCGCCGAGACAGCGAGGCGACCUCUGCCCUCUUGUCCCCCUUUCCCGCCCUCACGCCUGAGGAAGCUCUCAGUGUCCCAUCCUCAUCCCACCCCGUUCCCUCCUGUUCCGUUCUGUCCCAUCCCCAGGUGUGUGCGCUGACACCUCCGCAGCCCGGGCCGGACCGGGCGUCUCGGGGGUGCCAUGGGGUCCCUGUUCCGCAGCGAGGAGGUUUGCUUGGCCCAGCUCUUCCUGCAGUCGGCUUCUGCCUACAGCUGCAUCAGCGAGCUGGGGGAGCGCGGGCUGCUGGAGUUCAGAGACCUGAACCCCAAAGUGAGCCCCUUCCAGCGGCGCUUCGUGGGCGAGGUGCGGCGCUGCGAGGAGAUGGAGAAAACCUUCACCUUCCUGCAGCAGGAGCUGCGCGCCGCGGGGCGGGUGCCGGGGCCGUGUCCCGAGAGCCCGCGGGCGCCGGCGGCGCGGGAAGCGCUGCGGGUGCAGGAGCAGUCGGAGCAGCUGGCGCAGGAGCUGCGGGAGGUCAGCCGGAACCACGCGUCCCUGCGCGGCCGCCUGCGGGACCUGCGGCAGUGCCUGCACGUCCUGCGCGAGGGACAGCGCUUCACCAGCCAGCCGGCCCCCCUGGGCACCCCGCCGCGGCCACCGGCGCUCUCGGAGCGUGAGCCCAUCCUGGACCCCUCCGUGCACCAGCACCUCGAGCGCAAGAUCAGCUUCGUGGCCGGCGUCAUCCACCCGUGGCGAGUGACGGCCUUCGAGCGGCUGCUGUGGCGCGCCUGCCGCGGGUACCUGGUGGCCUCCUUUGUGGAGAUGCCCGAGCCGAUGGAGGACCCGGUCACGGGUGAGAGCAUCACCUGGGUCAUCUUCCUCAUCUCCUACUGGGGCGAGCAGAUUGGGCAGAAGAUCCGCAAGAUCUCGGACUGCUUCCACUGCCAGGUGUAUACGUACCCGGAGAGUGAGGCCAGCAGGACGGAGGCCAUUACCAGGCUGCAUGGGCAGAUCCAGGAGCUCAGUGUGACGCUGGAGGAGACGGAGAAGUACCUGGCGGAGGUGCUGGACAAGGUGGCGCAGGUGCUGCCCACUUGGCGCGUGCAGGUGCAGAAGAUGAAGGCCAUCUACCUCGUCCUCAACCAGUGCAGCUUCGAUGUCACCAAGAAGUGCCUCAUCGCCGAGGUCUGGUGCCCUGUGCGGGACCUCACCCAAGUGCAGGAAGCCCUGCGCCAGGGAUCUUACCAGAGCGGCUCCAGCGUGGAGUGCUUCGUGCAGCGCGUCCCCACCUCGGAGAGCCCCCCCACCCUCAUCCGCACCAACAAGUUCACCGCCGGCUUCCAGAGCAUCGUGGACGCCUACGGGGUGGCCAGUUACCAGGAGGUGAACCCCGCACCCUACGCCAUCAUCACCUUCCCCUUCAUCUUCGCCAUCAUGUUUGGGGACGUGGGGCACGGGCUGCUCAUGUUCCUCUUUGCGCUCUGGAUGGUGCUGUACGAGGACAGCCCCCGCCUGCGGCAGGGCACCAACGAGAUCUGGCUGAUGUUCUUUGAGGGGCGCUACCUCAUCUUGCUCAUGGGUGCCUUCUCCAUCUACACCGGGUUCAUCUACAACGAGUGCUUCAGCAAAGCCACUGCUAUCUUCCCCUCUGCCUGGAGCGUGGCCACCAUGGCCAACCACUCCUCCUGGAGCGCUGCGUACCUCGCCACCCACCCCUCGCUCACCCUGGACCCCAAUGUCACCGGUGUCUUCCAAGGGCCAUAUCCGUUUGGGAUCGACCCAAUCUGGAGCUUGGCCGCCAACCACCUCAACUUCCUCAACUCCUUCAAGAUGAAGAUGUCAGUGGUGCUGGGCAUCGUGCACAUGGGCUUCGGCGUCGUGCUGGGGGUCUUCAACCACGUGCACUUCCAGCAGCGGCACCGGCUGGUCUUGGAGUUCCUCCCAGAGAUGAUUUUCCUCCUGGCUCUUUUUGGCUACCUGGUCUUCCUCAUCUUCUACAAGUGGAUCAAGUUCAGUGCUGCUGAGUCCAUGGUGGCCCCCAGCAUCCUCAUCCACUUCAUCGACAUGUUCCUCUUCACCUCCAAUGCCGAGAACCUCCCGCUCUACCCGGGGCAGGUGCCAGUGCAGAUGGUGCUGGUGGUGCUGGCGCUGGCGUCGGUGCCCGUCCUGCUCCUGGGGACGCCGCUGUACCAGUGGUGCCGGCAGGGUGCCCCGAGGACGCCGCUGGCCACGGGGGAACAGGAGCCGCUGCUGGAGGGGCAGGAGGCUGGGAACUCUGUCAAUGCCAUCACAGAGGAUGUGGAAAGAGGAGGGCACAGCCCUGACGCCAAGCACGUGGACUUUGCUGAAAUCUUCAUGCAUCAGGCUAUCCACACCAUCGAGUACUGCCUGGGCUGCGUCUCCAACACCGCGUCCUACCUGCGGCUCUGGGCGCUCAGCCUGGCACACGCCCAGCUCUCCGAGGUCCUGUGGACCAUGGUGAUGCGGAAUGGCUUCGUGGGGCUGAGCUACGUGGGCGGCGUGGUGCUGGUGCCCGUCUUCGCCGCCUUUGCCGUGCUGACCGUGGCCAUCCUGCUGGUGAUGGAGGGGCUCUCUGCCUUCCUCCACGCCCUGCGCCUGCACUGGGUGGAGUUCCAGAAUAAAUUCUACGUGGGUGCCGGGUACAAGCUGUGCCCCUUCGCCUUUGCCCCGGACACCUGGGAGUAGCCGUGCCAAGGGGAUUCCAGGGGCUUGGAACAUCGGCUGUGCCCUAAAUUCCCCCCCACUGGACCCCUGGAGCCUCCUUGGUGGUGAAUAAAGCCAUCCCUGUGCCUCCCCCCA